AUGUCUUCGAAAUACUCGUCUCUCUUUGGGGCCUUGCACAUGCAAUCGGAUUUGGCGAAUGACGACUUGGGCAAGCUUGACGGCCUCGAAGGUUUGCCGCUCGAAAUCAUUUUUGACAUUUACCACCAACUUGAUGUUCAAAGCAUUUUCUCUUUGGCCCAGGUCAACACCCUUUUUCAUGGGCUUUUGAAGAGACACAAGGCAGCCAUCCUUCUACCAGUCCUUCAACGAGAGUUCAGCCCCUUUCCCGAAUUGCUUCAAGUCUUUACUGCAUCAGAUCACGACAUUGUGAAGUACGGAGACACAUUUCAGCCGCGAAGGGUCGUUUUCAGGCGUUUCCCAGGCGAUAUGGCAGGCGUUACAUUGUCCCAAGGUGGUAGACAGCACAACCAGAGUGGGCCUCCUGAGCACAGAGCGCUUUCUAAACUCCUUGUUGGCGGAAAACCUGUAAGAAUAAGCUCCUUACCUUCGCCGCGCUCAGUCACCCUCGUCGACAGAGACUUGGGCCGUCUGCUGAAGUACUGUCUGGUGGCACGACGAUGGGAGGAGCUAUUCCCGCAACUGCACUGGUUCACAACGCCCGAAGAUUGCCGCCAACUUAGCGCAGCUGAAAAACAUAAACUUCGCCGUGCCCUGUAUCGUUGGUGGCUAUACGCUUUUUACUUCCACGGCGAGCUCCCCCGGCCCCGGAGUGGUCAACCGGAACCUUUUGUCAAUGACGUCCGGACCAGCCAUAUGAGACUAUACCCAACAUGCGAGUUAAUGGAAAUAAGGGAUCUGUUCAUGUCCAUGAAAAAUCUUGUUCGACACUACAUUUAUCCAAACUUGGAGCAGAAUCUCGAACCGAUCGAUGCCAGCAGCCCGCUUGAAACGAUGAUCGAGACCAGCAUCCGUGAGCGCAUUGUGGACACAUAUGCCAAACUAGAUCCUGGAGACCUCAUGUUUUAUUUCGAGAACCUAUUCAACUAUCCCCGGAAACGACUGGUGACGGAUGUAAACCUCAAGCACCCCGCCUUCUCUCAGGAUCAAGAAUCCCUCGUGGCAGCGGUCCAGGCGGCGGCGGACGAGAGGCCUUGGCUGUAUGACACCCCCGACUUGAGCACUACUGGGGGAAUUGUAGACACUGGAGACGAUAAUGUCGAUGAGCGUCUCAGUCGCGAUGGCAAUAACGAUGGCUCGAUCCCACCUCCAGGGGCUUUCCGGCGGCCAAGAGGGAAUUGGGCUCCUCCGGGGGACGACGGUCGCGCUCUCACGGAGCGAAAUCACCUCCAUGGUUGA